AAAAGCCAAGCAACCAAAGCAACUAUGUUUGCCACAUCUACCUUUACCGGUGUCCGGAUCAUGAAUGCCGUUGCCGCGCCUAAACAUAAGGGCCGUGUUACGCUCGUUGUGGAGGCUCGGCGCACAAAGGCGUCCGCCCCCUCCCGUUCUGCAGCGAAGGUCGCGAAGUUCGGUUCCACCGCCCCUCCAGACCUCUAUCCCGAGUUCGGCGUCUACCCCGGUGGAGGCGAGUCCCCCAUCAUCCCGUUUGAUGACGACAAGAACGCAGAGCGCGAAAUCAUUCACGGACGCUGGGCUAUGCUUGGCGUCACUGGAGCGUGGGCUGCUGAAAAUGGAACCGGGAUCCCGUGGUUCACUGCCGGUACCCUCUGCACGCCUGACGAUUGCACUGCAGUUGCAGAUAAGUUUCCGGGCGCCGUUGCACCUCUUGCGCCUGAAGGAUCCGGAUAUCCAUCGUUCUGGGCUGUGCUAGCCAUUGAAAUUUUCCUCGUCGGAUCCGCCGAAUGCUAUCGAACUGGCCUGUUCGAGAAUCCUUUUCCGGAGCUUGAGUUGUCAGUUACUCCCGGCGGUCGCUUUGACCCCUUGGGUUUUGCCGAAGCUGGAGAUCUUGAAGAGCUUAAGGUCAAAGAACUAAAGCAUUGCCGUCUUUCUAUGUUUGCCUGGCUGGGUUGCAUUUUCCAGGCCCUCGCUACACAGGAGGGACCGAUCGCAAAUUGGCAGGCCCACGUAGCCGAUCCUGUGCACGCCAACGUGCUGACGAACGCUGCCUCCGGUUUCGGUUUUUACUAAUCUCGCAUAAUGAAAGUGCUUGCUGAAGUCUUUCGAUUCAGCAGCAACACGUGUGAGCUAUAAGAUUCAAGUCUGCCUUCGAGUUCCAUGGCUCCUUUUCCACUCACCAGAGCUUGACGAUGAGUUGAUAUCGGCAUCUAACUAAACUCGAGUCUCCUUCUAGACUUGGCUCCCAACGAGUUAACCGCCGGGUGGACAUACAAGUAAAUCGACAUACGAGCUGAUCGGCGAUUGAAGACUUUACGAAGCUAGCUCUAGUAUACUUUUUGUCGCUACAAUAUUUGAAAC